AUGGUGGAGAAUGAGUGCCAUACCAUGUUGGAAGACCGAUUAUCACAAUUACCUGAUCAUCUAAUACAUCAUAUUUUCUCAUUCAUUCCCACAAUAUAUUUAGUCCGAAUGAGUUUUCUUUCCAAGCGUUGGAGACAUUUGUGGGUUUCUACUCCUUUUUUAUAUUUUGAAGACUUCAGUACUAGCAUUUUCGACAGGAAGGUUAGGAAUCAGGAUAGGGUCUUAAAGUUUGUAACUGAUUAUGUGACACAUCGCAAGCUAUGCAUGAAAACUCCAAAUAGUUUCAUAGUAAGUUUUAAGUGUGACUUGUUUUAUAGUUUGGCAAGCAGCAACGAAGCUAUUAGACGAGUACAUGAUUGGUUAAACUUUGUUGUUGAAUGUAAACCAAAGGAGUUAGAUCUCCAUCUCAAGAAUUAUGUUUUACCUCAGUGCAUUCUUAAUGCAAGUUCAUUAACUAUUCUGAAGUUGACUGACAUGGAUUUGUUUGUCCCUUCUCUUUCAACCUUUCCCUCUUUGAAAUAUCUGGCUUUGGUGUGUGUGAAAUCCGAUGCUAAGUCACUUCAAAAUCUUAUUUCUGGAUGCCCUAUUAUUGAAGAAUUGUAUUUAUCAGGCUCUGAUAUCGGACAUUUAGAUUUUGCUGUUAGUAAAACACUUAGAAGUCUCUCAUUAUUGUUUGUGGAUCUUACUAGUCAAUGGCUUGAUUCCCUAUUUUCUAGACUUCCUCUGCUUGAGAGAUUGUUUUUCAGUUCCUAUAAGUUGUUGAACAAUAUUAGAAUCUGUAGUCAUAGCCUGAAAUAUGUUUUCCUUGAGUAUUAUUUUCCCAACGAGGCUGCUCUUACAACACCAAAUUUAGUUGGCUUGCGCAUCGUUUGUCAAUCCUGGUCAAAAAUUUCUGUUGAAGCUCCCAAUCUGUUAGAAGUCAAUUUGAUCCUCUUCGAUGAAGGACCGACGAAAGAUUCAUAUAUUGAUCGUGUACAUCUUCUUUCAAAUCUGAAUUCCUGGAAGAUGGUGCUGACAAUUUACAAAGAUGAGGUUCUCAUAUUUCCAAAACAAGUAAGACAGAAGUACCCUUCUCCUAUGCCUAAUCUGAAGCAUUUGAAGGUGAUGAGGUUUAAUGGUACUAGCUUUACUAAAAUUGGAGAAAUGAGGGAUUCUUUGCUUUGGUGUGCACCUUCUUUGGAGAGUCUUGAAAUAGGAAGAGACGGUACUUAGAAGGAUAGUAGUUGGGUUUUUUAACUUUAUGUAAAGAGAAUGAGGCACUAGGCAACGCAUACAAACUGCUAUGUAUUUUAUAUUUUUUUCGAACGAAAUUAUUCUAACCA